CUCUUGAUUCAGAGAAGAAAAGCCUUCGAUUCAGUUCAAUUUACAAACACUGUAGGAAUAAGCCUUGCUUGAUAAGAUAGUCUAUAUUUCAAAAAGUCGUCACAUUCGUUCCCUAUCAAAUCAAACUCAACCCACCACCAAAAGCUGUACUUUAUUUCAACAACAAAAAAGAAUGCCAUCUGCUAAUAUUGUAACAACCACAGUUGCAGGAGAAGGAGAAGCACCAUCAAAGGCCUUUUCCAGUGAGAAUACAGUUGUUGUAGUCACCAAAGAUUCCUUCGAACAUGAUAGUCACUUUUAUCCAAAGACAAUCAAUGCUCAACUUAGUGAAAUUGUUAGUGAUUUUAUGUCUUUAGGAAAUUCUCGUAUUUUGAAGAGAUAUGUUCACUUGAAUCCUCAAGUUGAUGAGAAGCAACUUAUCGAAUUGUUAAAUUACAAGCCACAAUUCUUUACUUGGUCCGGAGCUGAUCUUUUCAAUGUGACCAACUCACAAGGUGUUAGAAAAAUGGUUUUGAUCGAAACAAACUCUUGCCCUUCCGGUCAAAAAUCAAUGCCUUUCCAUGAUCAUCAUGGUGGUUAUAGAACCCUUAUUGAAAAGACUUUCAAACCAAUGCUUGAAGAACACGAAAAAUCAUUGGGAGAAAAUAGAGUACCAAAUGGUAAACUUGCAGUAGUCUAUGAUAAAAACAAGAUGGAAACUUCGGGAUAUGCUGGUGUCUUGAGUGACAUAUUUGGAGAAAAUGUAUACCUUGUUGAAUAUCAUGCCAAAGAUCCAGAUCCACCAGUCAGAUUUGUUGAAAAUGGUCAAGUAAUGCAAAUUCGUGACGAAGAAAAUAAUUGGAUUAAUAUUAGAGGAUGUUUCAGAUAUGUUACACAAUCACCUUGGGAUAGAAUGCCAAUCUCUAAGGUUCGUACCUUAAUUUUGAAUCCAGUUGUUUGCUGUUUGGCAGGUGGUAGAAACAAACUACUUGCUGCCAAGGCUUAUGAUUUCCUUAACAGUCAAUACAACGGACACGGAAUCAAGCUCAACACACCAAGAACAAUCAGAGAUGUGGAGAAGAAGAUUGUCCCUAUCUGGGUUGAAAGUUUUGGUGGAUUUGCAGUUGUUAAGAAUCCUUACUCUAAUGCUGGACAAGGAGUCUUUACAAUUACAAGUCAAAAGGAAUUGGACGAAUUUAUGGAACAACAAAGUCACUAUGAUCAAUAUAUUGUUCAAUCUCUGAUUGGUAAUAGCAAAUGGUCUUCUCUAACACAACACGGAGCUCUUUACCACGUUGGUACUGUUCCAGACAGCAAACGUCAAAUUUAUGUUGCUGAUUUGAGAAUGAUGAUCCAUUAUGACUUCACAAGAGGAGGAUUUUCUCCAAUAGCUCUCUAUGCUCGUAGGGCAAAGUCACCACUUACCGAUGAUAUUGAGGGUAAGAAUUCAUGGGAUAUUUUGGGUACCAAUUUGUCUUAUAAGGUGAAUGGACAGUGGUCAACUGAUCAAAAGAGAUUAAUAAUUUGUGACAGAAAGGACUUUUCAAAACUCGGACUUGGUGUUGAUAACCUUAUUGAUGCCUUCAUUCAAACUGUUUUGGCUACUGUUGCCAUUGAUAAAUUGGCCACCAGACUCAUCACUGAAAACCAAAAGUUCGACCGUGGAUUGUUCUACAGUUUGAAUAAGGACGAUGCUCUCCUUAAAGAAAUUUGUAAUAUUGGUCAACAAGAGGAAAACCAAGAAGAUGGUAUCGAAAAUUUGGAUCACAAGGUCUUUUCAGCAAAACUAAAUGCCUUCAAUGAAGGAGAAUAAGCUUAUCUGCUUGUUUCACAAUUUAGAAACAUAUAAAAACGAGUUCAUAAU